UCCGCCGCAUCCUCCCGCCCCGUGCCAUCUCGUCCCGCGGCCAUGCGGGCGUCCAGCACCUCGUACCGCCGCGCCUUCGGGCCGCCGCCCGCGCUGUCCUCCGCGUCCUACGGCUCCUCGUCCGCCUCGUCGCGGUUCUCGGCCGUGCGGGUGCUGGGCACCGCGCCCGGGCGCUCGGGGCCGGGGCUGGGGCUGGGGCUGGGGCUGGGGGCCGCGUCCUACCGCGCCGCGGGGCGCCCGGGGUCCCGCGUGACGCUGGGCUCCGCCGGCCUGGAGCUGUCGGCGGCCGAGGCGCUGAACCAGGAGCUGCUGGCGACCCGCAGCAACGAGAAGGCGGAGCUGCAGGAGCUCAACGACCGCUUCGCCACCUUCAUCGAGUGGGUGCGGAGCCUGGAGCAGCACAACGCGGCGUUAGCGGCCGAGCUGAACCGCGCCCGCGCCCGCCCUCCCGCCCGCGCCGCCGACCUGGUGCACGACGAGCUGCGGGAGCUGCGGCGCCAGCUCGACCUGCUGGGCCAGGACCGCGACCGCCUGCAGCUGGAGCGCGACAACCUGGCCGAGGACCUGGGCGCGCUCAAGCAGCGGCUGGAGAACGAGACCCACAAGCGGGAGGAGGCGGAGAACAACCUGGUGCUGUUCCGGAAGGACGUGGAUGACGCCACGCUGUCGCGCCUGGAGCUGGAGCGCAGGAUCGAGUCACUGAUGGAUGAGAUCGAGUUCCUGAAGAAGCUGCAUGAGGAGGAGCUGCGUGACAUGCAGGAGAGUGCCCAGAGCCAGCAAGUGCAAGUGGAGAUGGAGCAGGUCAAGCCGGACCUGACGGCUGCACUGCGGGAGAUCCGCACCCAGUACGAGAGCAUCGCAGUGAAGAACCUGCAGGAGGCCGAGGAGUGGUACAAGUCCAAGUUCGCUGACCUGUCAGACGCAGCCAACCGGAACCACGAGGCACUGCGCAUGGCCAAGCAGGAGAUGAACGAGUCCCGGAGGCAGAUCCAGAGCCUGACCUGCGAGGUGGACGGCCUCAAAGGAACCAACGAAGCGCUGCUGCGGCAGAUGCGGGAGCUUGAGGAGCAGUGUGGGGCGGAGAUCAGCAGCUACCAGGACACGGUGAGGAGGCUGGAGCAGGAGAUCCAGCACAUGAAGGAGGAGAUGGCGCGGCACCUGCGUGAGUACCAGGACCUGCUCAACGUCAAGAUGGCGCUGGACAUCGAGAUCGCCACCUACCGCAAGCUGCUGGAGGGCGAGGAGAGCAGGAUCACUGUGCCCAUGCAGCUGAUGCCCUCCUUCACCAUGAAAAGCUCAGGUGGUGACGGAGUCGCAGAAGGAGCAGAGAGCGGAGUCAGAGAAGUGACCCCAGCACCAGGCUCCGCGCAGCCCCCCACUGCAGCCCGCCCCCCACUCCCCCACGCCGCACCGGCCUUACACGACUACUGAUACCUCUGAGCCCCGGCACCCCCGCACACCCAACUUCCACCGGCCCAUGGUGCUCGGGGACGGGAGAGCAGAGCAAUAACCCCCCUGGGUAGGGGCUGCUGGCAGGGAGGGACCUAGGAGUCCUGCCCUGCCCUGCCCCCACCCAGCUUCCCCUUCCCCUGCCUCCUCCAGGGGGCCUCCACCUUCUUCUGAAGCAUCAGGACCUGCCUCACCAACACCACUGGCACGGGGAGGGGGGCAGAGCCUGGCACUGGUGGAGGCUGACACCAGGAUCCAGGACCAGCUGGCGCCUGCAGGGCUGUGUCCUGGGCCUGGCGCUGCCUGGGCCCCCCACGGAGGCGGGUGCCGGCGCUGCUGCUGUUCAAGUGUGGUGCCUAUAGCGAGUGCUUCCUGCCCAGAGCCAGGGUCCCACCCGGCCCGAAGGGCUGAUACCAAAGCUGCCCCAUUUUUAUACUAUGGCCCGUCUCCCUGCUUCCAGCAUGGACUUGCCCCAGCACCCAUCUCUGCCUCCUGCAGCCAGGCCCAGCUGCAAAGCUGUGCCCCAGGCCCAGGGUUCACCUAGGCCAGAGGGCUCGGGGUGGUGGCAUCCAUCUGGCACGAGUCUGGGCCAUUCCCUGACCCUGGCUCUUUUCUCUGCAGCUCCCCCUGUUCUGUGCUCUGCUCCCCCUCUGUUACACUCGGUGCCUCUGCCUCAGCAUCCCCUCCCUCUGCCUCGGUCUGCUCUGGACCAAACCAGGGGGAUGUGACUGGGGCCACUCGGCCAGCUGCACCCCUUCCCCUCCAGCCCUGGGGGACCCCCCCCACACCUGCUGCAGGAGUUGCUGUGGUGCUCCUGGGUCUUCCCCGACCUGCCUGAACAGCGACGGACCCCCGCUGUGUAUCCGCUUGUCCAGCCAAUAAAGAGCCUAGUGAGGA